AGAGACCAAUUUAUGAUAUGUGUGUUUUUGCAUAUACAGGAACUUCUUUCUUUUAUCCAAAGGUAUCCCAUGUUGACACCUGUGGGACAUUACGUAGGAACAUACAUAUAUAAACCUGCGGCGAAAUUUGCAAUCUAGAACGCGGAUUGUCUAGACCACAAGCUUGUGACCAACAGGACGGAUUAAUCUUGCAUCAAGAAAUAAGAAACAAUGGUGCACUGCAAGAUAUUCUCAACGAUUUUUGUCUACGUUAUAUUGGUGCAAAUGUGUGAGGGGCUUUGGUACCAUUUUCUCACGGGACAACCCGAGUCUGAAGAUAAAAUCAUAUUCAUGGACAAAGUCGUGAGUCCUGAUGGAACAGAGCAGAGGUUUGAGACGAGAUACAGCGGGACUUCUUGCUAUAAGGUGGGACCAAUUCAACUAAAAAUGGACAUUACACGUCCUAAGACUUUCAAAAAGUUCCUCAAUAAAUGUCAUAUGAGCGAUUUAAAGCUGAUGCACAAGAACUCGCCAACGGAGCCUUAUCAGAUAGUGAAAGUCGAUAACAAAAACUUCUAUAACACGACAGAUGGCGGUUGUGUCCCUAGCGUAGAAACCCACUACGUUGUUCUUCUUCAAACGAAAACUCCUGCUGACGAAACAUUAUUGCAAAUUCACAACGAUCUAUUAGGAAUGGGCAUCACUAUUUUACCGAAAAAUAAUUUAUCUGUUUGCCAACCAAAAAGAAAAUAAUGAUCGAUGAUGUCCUGUUCUUUUUUCAUUGGAAUAGAUGUGGUCAGAUGAUAUGUUAAUUUUUUUGUAACCGCAUGAAUAUUUGUAAAUGUAUUUCUGUAGAUAGUGAAUGGUGAUGGGAAAUUAUUCAUGGAUAUUUAUUCAAAAUGUAAGUUGUAAUCAUGUUGUAACAGAUUUUUAGAAAUAUAAUUUGUUUCCUGGUUGCUUUAUUUUAAUUUAUCAAUAUAUGCAUAGUAAAUAAAUAAACUAUUACCUUA